GCGGGGCUGAUACGAAAAGAGAGAGGAGGCAGGGAUGCUGUGGAGCAGGGAGGGUGGAGAGAGCGCAUUGCAUGCUGGUCGAGCGCGAGCUGAGUCGGACGCUCGCUUCACAGGUGGAGGAGGACGCGGGCGUGUGUGCGGCUGCUACGGAGGAAGCAUGGAACUACGACGAUGCGGCGUGCUUCAGGCUUCGGCUCUGUUUUGCUUCGUUCUGAUGGCGAGCUGGAGUGCGGGCGCAGUGAAAAUUACAAAGCUAACGGUACCCAAGGUGGUGGAGAGUGGCAAGUCCGGUUCCUAUGACCUGGACUGCCAGUUUCGCUGCAACGAAUCCGACGCCAAGCUCGUGGUGAAGUGGUACUUCAACAGAGAGCCUGAACCUUUCUACCAGUGGAUCGCGGAAAGAGAAGACCCUGUGAUCCAGGAUCGCUUUCAGGACCACCUGAAAACUGAACGCGCCUUAGAAGGGAACGAGGGCUGCGACAUCUUGGCGUGGCAGCUGCGCAUCGAGAGACCAACGGUCAACAUGACUGGCAACUACCGUUGCCACGUGUCCAGUUUCGAAGGCGGGGAGGACACGUUUGAGGCUUCCAUGGUGGUAUUUGUUCGGCCAUCUGUGUUGCGCUUCAACUACACCAAGUGGUCCCCUGACAAAGCUACGCUUUCGUGCGACGUCACCGAAACGUUCCCGCAACCGACGCUAAAGCUGUAUCGUAUUAGCGCAAAGACUGAGAUAGAGGUUGAAGAUGUGGUGGUGGACACCGACAAACAGGACGGCCUCUUCAAUGUCAGUCUCAGCAGUGAGGUCCUGGACAGCAGUCUGCCCCAAGACGAAGAGACCGUCUUCGUUUGCCGACUUUCUUACAAAGAUGUCAUGCACCCCAGGUCGGAGCGGAUCACGUAUGUACCUGGUGGGCCACACAGGGCUAUCAGCCACAGUGCGCGAUCGAUGCACAGGAAUAUGCAUGGUUUGGUCAAGGUAACAGAAAGUGAUCAACGUGCUUCGGGAUCGCAAAUUUCUCCAUUCUGGUGGCUCAUCAUCUCGAUCAUCAUCCUGCGAUUGUCUUAGCCUUUUAUGAUAUAUCAGAAUGUAGGAGAGAACUGCAAAACGUUUCAAACUCUAUAAAUGUACAGCGGCAACGUGCGCAACAACAACAAAAAAAAGAGUCGAGGUUGCACAGCAUGCUACGACGUCGGUUUUUUUGCACAUGAUAGUCAUCCUUCUCAGAAAAGUCGAAUCCCCGCAGGCGUAAUCAUCAUGGAAGCAGAUUUACAUUUACCCCUAUUUUUUAUGACGUCCGUUCUUUUUACUUACUUGCGAACAUGUGUCCUUCGUCGUGCAUUUUUACCGAGUUUAACGAAUAGAUGUUGGUGGUCGAAGCAAGCGAGCGCGCUACUACCCGCCUUUAUCUUGUUCAGGUAAAGUAGAAGAUUGAGCAUCGCAAGAAGAUAGAUGAACAACAACUUUUAUAGCAACGAUUACAGUGGGAGCCGCUAGGGAAUAUUCGAGAUGAAACUUCGAAUUGGGCUGUAGGGUUGCGCAAACAGUACUCCGAGAGUUAAUUUAAGGAAUUAUUUACGAUGCCAGUAAAAAAAAAGAAAAGAAAAAAAUAUUGUGAUAAACGAGGCAUAAAGUUUUCCAGUGCGAGGCACUGCUGCGUACAUUAUGCUGAUUGGGAACUGUACUACGUCGGGUACGGUUCGAUAGUAUGGAAAGUCGGCGUUGCGACUGCACCUAAUGUUUCCAACAUCGGUAAGACAAAUGACGACGUCUGCCCGAGGCAUCAGUCCGAGGAACGUGCGCAUGAUCCUUUAUUUAGUUUUUAUUUUUAUGAGCUUUUUAUUUUUAUUUAUCUUGUUUAAUGUUAGCUUUUUAUUUACUUUGUAAAUUCGUAGUAAACUAUGCAUGCGUAAUCAUGAAUGUCGCCUAUUAAGAGCAUGCUCCUUGACGAGCCCUGGGCUACAUAUUUGAAGAAUGUAGAUUCACAUCAUUGGCCGCUUCAAAUAACUGCCGUAUUUUCCGGUGUAUAACGUGCCCUCCCUCCCGCUUUGAAAAUUAGCGAAAAACGCCUGAUGCGAAACGCGCGCAACGGGUGUAGAAACACCGGCGCGCUGUUACCGAUCGGAAACUGUAAACGCCACAUCACCGUUAGUGUGUCCACACCUGCGUUGUGUGUGUACUUUUUAUUAUAUCUAUCACGGACGCAACGUUUACUUGAAGCCACCAAAGUCCCAUCCGAGUUGGUGUCAUAGGAGAUAUCACUCUCCUCGCCGCUGUCUCGCAUUCCUUUUCAACAUAGCGCGAGCCUGGUGAAGUGGGUUCAGCAUAACUGACACCUGUACGUCACCCCAUGCUUCUUAUACCCACCUCACGACCUUGGCAAGCCCAGCCGCCUCUGUCGACUCUUCGUGGUCUCGAUCGUGCUCGACGUCUAUCAGUUUCUCCCCAUUUUGGCUCUAACACGGCACUUAAACGAACGAUCUACGCCCACGUCAAGCGGGUGUGCCAAGGCUCGAGGCUUGAGGUUGCACGGCAUCUCGUUCGGAACGGCUCUUCCGGGAAAAACUCCCAAACAUUACGCGCACUAGCCACUCUCUUGCAAUGUAUAACGCUCGUGUUAUACACAGGAAAAUACGGUACUUCUUUGUUCACACUACGCGGACACUCUUGAAUGUGAUGACAUGGCUUCGGUGGCCUCAGGUUCGCUUUCUGUAACUGCUCAGAACGACCACCUCCUAUUUCCUCUUCAUUUGUUCUUGUACCGAAAGGAAAAAAAUUUAUAAAUGCGCGUGAAAGUUUUAGAACCGCUUCUUCUUUAUCCAGGUCGUAUCUCGUUAUGCGAGUUCCUCUGGGUUUCGUUGAAAGAGUAGUGCAGGGUUACGAUCAUCUGCGUUAACGCGCUACACAUGUAUCUCAAUGCGUUGAAAGGCCCCUUUUGACAAUCCAGUUUGAUUUCCCAACCCAAUGCGAUCCAUAAUCCAUCAUCGCUAGGCAUUACCUCGUGUAGCUACGCAUAAGCUUCGGCAAAGUUCAAGGUACACAGAACUGCAUGCUUCGAGUCAUGGUGCUCACUACGUUUUAGCCUUGAACUAAACAGGCGAGACGACGUGUGCCUCAAAUUUGUAUAAUAAAAUGUAUUUUGAGCUAGUCAUCGCGAUAGCCCUUAUCCAACACGUAUUGCACCUGAACGUAUUGUGAAUAUUGUCGCGGCAAAGUUUCUUAAAUCUUAACAACGAAUAGCUGGCGGUCAUUGUAUCGGCGCUACGAUUUAAUACAUAUGGCAGCUUCGAAUUGGCAACUUUGUUUUGUGUCAAAGGCGUGAGACAAUAUUGAGUGGUCACAAGGAUCCACAAGUCUAAUGUGUGUGCUGUGGAACAUUGGAAGCCUGCCAGAAGUGGCCGGCUUCAUUAUUAAUAUAUUCUUACACUUUAUUUAUAUUUCAAAGACUACUGUACAUAUGGGCACUACGAGCGUCCCCCUGUGUAAAUUAGAAUUUCUCUGUAGCGCAACUGAACUUUGUUUAAACUAUACGCACAUGUUUCUUCUCAAGAAUUUAUGUUAAUUUUGUCCAUUGCAAGCACGCCCCUUUUGCAAAUGAGAGUGCUUCGUGAAACCAAAGAUAUCUUGUUCAGCUAAGUGUCACCUGUACUGUAUGUUGAAACAAAAUGUCUUCUGUCCGUCCAUUGCCUUGUUUACAUUCUACAAGCCGUCGCAUUUACUCGUAGCAAUUUAUGUGUGCGGCAGUUGAAUUCAACCUACUUUGCCGAUUGCCCCCAACGGUGCCUAAUGUAUAAAAGAUGAAAUGGGUGCUUACCAAACAUGUAAACAUUCAAUCAGCCUUCCAAUAAAACACCAGGGUCACUGUG